ACAUCCAUCCUCUGCCUCGACUGCUCAUCUGUAUAUAGACUCACCUCUGAAUCUCUUUACCGAAGAGCUUAAGCACAUCAUGGUAUCACGGACGACUCGGCUGUCUAUCGUUCUGGGCGUCAGUAUAGCCUUCUUCGGCGUAGAGAUUGGAGUGGGAUUCAAGACCAAGUCGCUCGCUCUGAUAGCGGAUGCUUUUCACUACCUCAAUGACGUCAUCUCCUAUGCGCUGGCCCUGGUAGCGACAAGGCUUGCCAAACGGGCAAAAGGGCCUCCAGGUUAUACCUAUGCUUUUCGGCGAGCCGAGAUCGUGGGCGCGUUCUUCAACGCCACAUUUCUCUUGGCGCUUGGUGUCUCCAUAUUCUUACAGGCUAUCGAGAGGUUUGUCAACCUUCCAGAGGUCGAUCACCCACUAUGGGUCCUGAUCGUGGGAUGCGUGGGACUAGCACUGAACAUUGUGUGCAUGCUCACUGUGCACGAACACGGUGGUCAUGGUCACGGUGCAAAGGCUGGACCGAGCGGCUCUAAUGGGGAUCAAUUGCUAGUGGAACUGAAUCGGAUCCAAGUUCCAGGAUACGGUUUCGCGCGUGUCGAUCACUCAUCACAUAAUCAUGCAACACCUAAAGAUACGCCUCCGGCAAAGAGUCUCGGACUGGCAGGUGUCUUGAUGCACCUCAUGGGCGACGCCGUGAACAACGUCGGUGUCAUCCUCGCUGCAGCCAUCAUGUGGCGUUUGAGCUCUGCUAAACGAUUUUAUGCCGACCCCGCGGCUUCUCUCGCGAUCAGUCUGAUCAUCAUUGGAGGAGCCAUUCCCCUGUCGUUAAAGAGUUCGCGAGUAUUGCUAGAAGCGGCGCCAAAGGAUCUCGACAUCAAAGCCGUUCAGGAGGAUCUGCAAACGAUCCCCAGCGUACAAGAGAUUCAUGAUCUUCACAUUUGGCAUUUGACGGAAUCUGAUCUCCUCGCGACGUUCCACUGCAGGACAUCUGUCCCCGAUAUCAAAUCGUGGCUAGACGUUGAAAGAGAGUUGAAGUCGUGCCUCGGCGCUUAUGGCAUCACUCACGUCACCAUCUCUCCAGAGCUCGCCACGAUGGAAGAUCAUGGGCCAGCUCAUGAUGAGAUGGAUUGUGGAGUUGGCUCGGGAUCAAAGACUUGAGCUGGACGUACGUUUGAGUCAUGGUAUGCAUCUAUAUGUACAAGAUCCAGCU